AUGUCCACCGGCAUCCCCAACGUCACGUCAAACCUCAACCUCCAGACUAAAGAUCUCAAGACCGCGCCGGGCGUCAGCCUAAACGAGAACCAGUCCACCAUCCUGCGCUCCGUCCUCGACCUCUUCGCCGGCAAGCCCAGUCUGCCCAAACUUGCUCUCUGGCGCGACGACGCCACCUUCGCAGAUCCCAUCACCAUCGCUGAAGGUCGCGACCGCUUCGCCGCGCAGUGGUACGGGCUGCAGGCGGCGUUCUCCGAGAUCGAGAGACUGCACCAUGAAGUCACCGAUGCGGGGAACCCGAUUUUGAUGGACUUGAAGACAAGAUAUGUGAUCAAGGGGAUUGGCAAGGAGCAGACGAUUACCAGCGUGGUGGCGGUGCAUUUGGAUGACCACGGCAAGAUCAAGAAGGUUGAGGACAAGUGGAAUGGGAAGUUGCCCGAGGGGAGCAUUGCGAAUGCUUUCCGGCAUUUGAACGCGGUGACGGUCCCGAAGUUUGUAUCCGUGCCGAAGAACGCAGAAGAGGAUGCGAAGAAGGGAAACUAA